AUGUAUCGAAAUUCGAAGAUCACCAAUGAAUGGCCAUCCAUUGAAGAAGAAGAUGAUGAUGAAGAGCAAAAGACUACUUUCCUUUCAUUGAAGAGGACUACAAAUCCAGAAUGGCUACAGAAACAUCUUAGGGAUGUUUCCGACAAGUAUUGCAAUGAAUAUAUGUUGGAUGCUCACCAGUUUCAGGAUGAGUUCAUUGACAUACUCCCUUCUAAUUGGACCGUAUGCUCUCUCACUUUCGAUCCAGAAAGCGAGUUGUUAUUCGCGAUGCAACUGAGAGCUUCAGAGUCACCACUUAUAUUCAAGCUUCCUUUAAACCGUGCCAAAACGCGUACAGGCUCCAAACAUUCAUAUACCCCAUAUAACUAUGCUCUCUCAGAAUUAAAACAGAUAAUUCAAGAGAGCGAUGAUACCAUUUUCAACAGUCAUAAUAAAGAUAUGACUGAUCCGAAUGUAAUUGCAGCAUGGUGGGAUACGCGAAAGAAGCUUGAUAGUAGAUUGAAAGACUUACUACGCAAUAUGGAAGAACAUUGGUUUAGCGGGUUCAAAGGAUUACUGAGCGGGCGUGCGCAAGAAUCUGAAUCAGAAUUGAUAAGCUUUCAACAAAAUUUUAUAAAGUCUGCGCACAAUAUCGUGAAGGAGCGUUUAAAACCUCAAAAGAAAAUUGAAUAUAGCUUGAACUUCUGUAGAAUGGUUCUCCGUCUCGGCAGCCAACCAGUUGCUCAAGAUCUUGAGGACAUUGCCUUCUUCAUCUUGUCUACUUAUGAAGUUCCUGAUGAAUUGAUUGAUCGUAAAAUCCUAGAGAAGUUAACAAAGGAAGUGAAGACCCACAUUGCACAAUAUUAUGAAAUGUGUCGCAGGCAAGAUAUUGAUGCCACUAAAAAUAGACCCGGAGAGCAUGUUAUACUUAUAUUAGACAAGCAUCUUCAAAUGCUGCCCAUCGAAUCAAUGCCAAUACUUCGUCCACAGCCUGCGUCUCGCUUACCUUCUCUUUCUCUCUUACGUGACCGCAUCCUAUUCACAUAUGCUAAUAAUUCUCAAGAAGCAUAUGCUGAUUUCGGGGUCAUCAAGCCGAAAGAAUGGAAGGAUCAUACAGUAUCCAAGAAGGAUGCGUUUUACGUACUUAAUCCAGCCGGUGAUUUGCAAGAAACACAAAAAAGGCUUGAUCCUUUAUUGAAAAGCGUGCCUCAAUGGGAUGGUGUCACGCAAAAAUCACCAUCAGAAAUAGAGUGUAUAAAUGCUUUACGAACGAAAGACAUUUAUAUGUAUUUCGGCCAUGGUGCAGGACAAUCCUAUUUACGUGGAAACAUGGUAAAGCAACUUCCAAUUUGUUCAACUUCGUUAUUGAUGGGAUGUAGUAGCGGUCUACUUAAAUCGAAUGGUGAAUUUGACCCAUACGGAUACGUGUUAAAUUAUCUAGUAGCCGGAAGGUAA